CCGGCCCCGGCCCCGGCCCCGGCCCGCCCGGGCCCCAGUGUGCUGGAGAGCUGCUUGCUGUGCCCCCGGGUUAUGACGACCCCCAAUAAAGGAAACAAGGCCUUGAAGGUGAAGCGGGAGCCGGGUGAGAAUGGCACCAGCCUGACGGACGAGGAGCUGGUGACCAUGUCAGUGCGGGAGCUGAACCAGCACCUGCGGGGCCUGUCCAAGGAGGAGAUUGUGCAGCUGAAGCAGCGGCGGCGCACGCUCAAGAACCGUGGCUACGCGGCCAGCUGCCGGGUGAAGCGUGUGACGCAGAAGGAGGAGCUGGAGAAGCAGAAGGCCGAGCUGCAGCAGGAGGUGGAGAAGCUGGCCUCAGAGAAUGCCAGCAUGCGGCUGGAGCUGGACGCACUGCGCUCCAAGUAUGAGGCCCUGCAGACCUUCGCCCGGACCGUGGCCCGCAGCCCCGUGGCGCCUGCUCGGGGACCCCUGGCAGCCAGCUUAGGGCCCCUCGUUCCUGGCAAGGUGGCCGCCACCAGCGUUAUCACCAUAGUCAAGUCCAAAACCGAUGCCAGGUCGUAGGGGUGCGUCGGUACAGGCGGGUCCAGAGGGGUCAGAGGGCGCGUGCGGCGACUAGGGCCCCUGGCCCCCACCUUCCCCUUUCCUCCUACCUCCUUCCCUCCCUGCAAAGCACAACCUGCACCCCCUGGGCGCCAGCUGAGCCCCUUAGAUCUCGUCAUCGUCGAUGUCAUCGUGUGUUGUGUAUGUUGGGAGUGGUCGUUGCUGCCGUGACACGGGGUGAUCGGGAGGGCGAUUCUGGGACUCACUCCUGCCUUCCUGGGUCCUGCUGCAGCUGUGUCUGGGGGCUGUGUGCCUGGCAGGGGAAGGUGGCUGGGCGGGGCCCCGCUGGCGCUGGGCCUGAGCGUGGUGCAGGGUGUCUGUCCUCAGUGGGUCCCGUGUCACUGUUUACAUGACCUGUGUGUGUGGUUACAUAGCCCUUUAUUUAAAAAGAGAGAAGUUCCUUUUACGGAGUUAUUAAAUUAUAUGUUUAAAAGCUAAAGAAAAAAAAAAACUGCAGAGUAUUUAUAAAGCUGUCUUUUUAAAAAAAAAAACGAAAAAAAAAGAAUCAAGAACAAUUGACCGUAUCAAUGGCAAAGGGAAGAAAGUAUA